AGUUCGAAACGGAAGAUCGUGAUAUAAGUACGUCUCAUUUCAUGCGAACAAGCGCGUCCCAAAGUUCUGCUCUUCGUCACACUCAGUGAAGUGAAACUUGGAUAAUACGAAAAAAAGUAAUAUUGUUUUGUGAAUUAUAAUCAGAUACUUUUUGGAUUUCACCAACACAGUUUCACAAACUUUGUUUUCUCGCUGUAUGCCGGUGCACUAAUUGAUGUUUGCGGAGGUAUUCACCAAAUAUCGUCGUACAUCAUAGCAACGUACCUGCUUAUGAUUGAACGAAUAUACUGUCGGCUGUACAAAUAAAAGAACCGUACAUUGACAUAAAGAGUGGUACAAUGGUAUAACCUGAACAGAAAUGCGGUGGUUCAGAAAAGGCGAGCCGCCGCGGUUGCUAGCCGUGCCGCCUGAAGCGGAAACACGCUCUGUUCGCAGAUCACGAAUUGAUGUGUCCCCAGUGCGCUAUCCUCAAAGAAAAAGUAGCGGCAGCUCGGUGGAAACUAACUUCUACAAUCUAAAUGAUCAGCUUAUUAUAGUCGAAAAAUCGCCUCAUCGAAAACAUGCUAGCAAUGGUGAGACUCCAGUCACUCGUCGUAUCUCACUACAAAACGGUCCCACUUCACCCCAAGAGAAUUACAACACCAGUCGCAAAAACCGUGGAGGCUCUUUGGAAAAAGAAUACAUGGUAUAUCGUGAAAAACGCAACCCAUUACUCGACAAAGUAAAAAAUACAAAACUAUCAUGUUUCAAGUCAAAUGGACCUUUAAGACACGCUGAAGAUGCUGCAUCAACAUCUGGAAGUGACUGUAGUGGAUUUGGUCAUAUUGAUGAUAUUAAUCAUUGUCGAUACCCAAAUAACUAUCCCGAAACACACCUAGAAUUAGAUAACCAAAAUCCUUGGGUAAAGAUGGCAAAUUAUGACGAUGAUGUAUUUUUUGCCAAGAGUAUGACUAGUCCUGUUGAACCAAACUGGAGAGAAAAUAAAUCUUUCUCCAAUAGAGGCGCUCGAUGUUAUAGCUCAGGGUCGGAGUGCGACCGCUAUCAUAUUAUACCAAAAGUAGGAGCAAAGCUUUCGAAAUCAAGCGACCAAAUUUUCAAUGACGAUUUUGAAAAUUAUGAUGAUGCGCCUGUUAUUAUAAAAUCUCAGAAAAAGACUGAUAAAUAUAAGAUUAAAGAUGAAAAAGAUACAAUUGGACCCAGUUCCUGCCUAUCUGCUAAGUUAAGAGCAAUGUCAGAUAGAUAUUUAAAAUCUACAUCAACUAAAAUACUAUCGAAAUUAUAUAAACAAAAUGGCGAUAAUGAAGAAGAAGUAAACGGCAGCAACGAUAAUAUUUUAAAGUCAAGCAGUGGAAAUAAAAGUCGUAAGAAACGAGGUGGCGUCAAAGCUAAACUACGAAGUUUUUCAUAUGGUGCAUUACCAGGUUUAGAAGAAUUCCAUAAAGGCCAUAAUUCAGUUUUUCACGAUGACGUUUAUCAAGUAUCUUGUGAUGAUGAAAACGCAUUAAUACAAGACUGUGAAGAUGCUGACUCUGGUAUCCUAGUCAAUGAAUCUGCAGCUUCUUCUAUAUUCGAUAGUGACAGAAUCUCUUCUCGGUGCGAGAGUUCUGCUUCACAUACAAACCCAGUGGUUCCUUGUCACGGUAGAAGUGUUUCGGGAGACCAAAGUUAUAUAAAAGCACGAACUUCUGGUAGAAUGAGUAGAGAUAGAAAUAAUUGUCCUAAACCUAGGCCACGACAUACCCAAAGAGCUUUAUCUUUAGACCGCAAGGAAAUACUUAGGCGCAUGCCAAAGAAUAAUAAUGAACCAGAACCUCAAUAUUUACAACUUACUGAGAAACAAAAAAUGCGUCAAAGAGAUGCUAGUCGGGAUUCCGGAAUUCCUCCUAUUCCGCCAUGUAGAAAAUCAGAUAAGGAUAAAUCUAACAAAAUUCAAUCCGAAUUCAAAGUUGUUAAAAUAUUAAGAAGAACUCCAACUGAUGAAUUAGGCAUUUUUAUCGCAAAAACAAAGCUCUCUGAUGAAGGUCACAUAGGAUAUCUCGUAGCUCAUGUGGUGCCAGGAGGAUUAGCAGAGAAAGAAGGAACUCUGCGCAUAGGAGAUGAACUACUCAACGUCAACGGCCGCCGUCUCCGAGACCUCACCAUGUCAGAAGCCAAGGAAGCGCUGAAAUCUGGUUCGUCAGAAAUAGACAUUGUCAUAUGCAGACAACGUGAAAAACCACAGCCAGAUGCACGCUACAGAGAGCAAUCGCAACGGAACGCUAUUUUGAUGCGCGAAAGUUCUGUAGAUUAUGAAAACGCAAUUAUAUUGGGAAAGGAAAAACGUGUGGACAAAUAUGACGUCAGGAUAGAUCGACAACGAAUACAGGACGAGUCAGCGUGUAAUCGCAGCGCGCUAUCAACUGCGGACGAGGCGAGCGACAACGCACUCGGCGCACACUCACACUUCCUCAAAGGCCAGAACGCUAGUUACAGCAGCAUGAAUAACAAGCUACUCCGCCGACAAGUCGUCAGUUACGGUGGCGCUAACAAGGACGGGCUUGCACUCAGCUGUGCCGGUGAUAUUGUCGACGUCGAUGUGCCUGACGGUGUUUCAGAACGGAUUAAAGACAGGAACGAUAGUGAGAACGUUACGCAGUCCCCAAAUGCAGCGAACUUCUGCACGCUACCACGAAAACCGCGAGCACCGACGCACACUUAUCAUACCAUAACAUUUGAGAAGGGACAAGGGAAGAAACCACUCGGCUUCACCAUUGUGGGAGGACGCGAUUCACCCCGAGGUCCCCUUGGAAUCUUCAUAAAGAGUAUCCUCCCACAAGGGCAGGCAGUCGACGACGGCCGAUUAAAAGCAGGAGACGAGGUGUUAGCGGUAAAUGGACAAGCGUGCCAUGAGUUAGCUCAUGUAGAAGCUCUCGCCCUUUUUAAAGCCGUCCGCAAUGGAGCUAUUGAAUUGAGAAUAUGUAGGAGAGUUAAGAAUGCACAAUCUACCAAAGCUAAAUCAUGCACGGACCUACUGAAUGACGAAGAAUAAAGUUGUAAUUUAUGUUACAGAAUUAAUUUAACUACGCAUGUCCAUAUGGCCAUAUUAUUAGGACACAAAUAUAUAACAAAUUUGUAAUUUCAUGUUGAAAAUGUGACUCGUUGUACUCGUUAAUGCAAAGCUUUUUUUUUGUACCAUAAAUUAAAAAUGUGAAGUGAAUAAUUUUUGUCACAUUACAUAUUAAUAUUCUAUAAUGUAGAAUCUGCUGUAAAGUAGCUAUUGGAUUAUCAAAAUAAAUUAUAUUCACUAAAUAUAUAUUCGAAACAAAAUAUCCUACUCGGAAAUUUAAAAAAAUAUCACCUUUUGUUAAUUGUUAUUCGAUAAGAUUCGAACCCGCAUAUCUUAGAUAUCCAUGCCAAAUGCGUUUAUUGUUAACUCAUGGAAAUUAUUACCACCAUAUCGGAUGGACAGCUGGAAGAUGCGGGUUCGAAUUCUGAAAGACCAGGUUGUCGAAUAGAAUUUGAUAAAUCGAAGGAUAAUUUAUUUUUCAAUAGAAUAUUCACGGAACAAUAGUAGUCGAAUGUAUAUUUUAAUUGAUUUAUCUUUACUAAUACAUAUUGUUUUAGAUUAUAAAAUCUAAGAGAUUCUUUCAAAAUGUACUUUAUGAGUAAUCAUUUUUGAUAAUUGCCAUAUUAUUGCAUAAAAUAAGCAUAGUUGAUUUAUAUGCGCUAUGUUUAUACAUAGUAUAAUAUAUAAGUCAACUAUGUAUGUUAUAUAUGUAUAUACACACAGGUGACUUUGAUCCAUGUUUAUUUGGGAAUAAUCAUCAUUUAUACCGUUACAAGGAUAUAUUUUAUAUAUUUUUUUAAUUUCUGCUUUACCUUAAUAAAAGGAUUCUAAUGAUGUCAAUUUGGAUCUUUAUAAUGAAUCUUAUUCCUAUUACUAUAUAAAAUAUGUAUGGAAACUUAAGUACAAAAUACUUUAUCCUUGUAGAAAAUUUGAUCUAAGUGAUAAUAGUUACCUAUACAUAUGGCAAAUACCCUGUCUAAUUCAUUUGUAUCUAUGUCCACAAACUAUGUGCUUACAUGUAAUAGUACAUUUUAAAAGAUUGUGAUUUACACAGUCUAAUCUCAACACAUUUAAUAUAACGAUGAACAAAAUAGUCUGAUGAUUCUUUUUGCGUGCCAUUUGUUUAUCUACUUGUGCACUUAUCUGUUAUUCUUCUAAAAUAUCUACAAUAACAAAGCUGUACCUGACUUUUCUUUUCAUUUUUAUGUCAAAGCUCAAUUUAGUACUCGUAAAUACCCAAAUUGUAGGCUGAUUUUUGCCGCAAUCGAAUUGGAGUCAAAUCGAAAUUACGUCAAAAUAAGUCAUUGUUAAUUUGACGUAUAUCUGAAUGACGACAUACCUAUAUAAGGUAAGACAACUUAAAUUUUACGUUUAUUUUCAUAACGUUUAUUUGACGCCCAUAUGAUAUAAUAUCGAUUUGAUCCCGAUUCUAAUGCGUCAAAAGUCAUCCUGCUAAUAAUUAUCCCAAAGAUAACAAUUAGGUAUUUGUGUAUUUUUUAAGCAUUUCCUAUAAUUAUCUCUAUUGUGUUUGAAAUAAAAAAAAAAAAAAAACUUGAUAUAAUAACUAUUAUAGAUUUUAUAAUCUAAUGUAAGUAGGUUGCGUGUAGAAUUUUGUUUGUGGACUGUUUAUGUCCUAAAAGCCAUAGCAAUAUUUGGAAUUAAUAAUGUUAUAAACUACGUAUGUGUUAGACUGUCUAUUUAGAAUGGAUUUGUAUUUUUGCAAUGUGCAAUAAGAAUUGUUAAUUUUAAUAAUUUUAGUAAUAGGAAAUUAGGGGAUGAUCUGUCCACUGUGAUAGUUUAUAAUUGAAUGUAAGAAUGACUUAUUAUUUGAGUAAUGUUUAUAAUAAUUUUGGAUUAGCAUUGAAAAAAAGCAGAUGAAUGGUUAUGGAUAUUUUAAUUCUUUUCAAUGUAUAAACACACGUAAUUAUUUAUAAUAAUAUAGUCCGCGUAUAUGGUUUUAGCAUGUUUUCUAAUAGAUGGAGGGAAAUUGCAUGACAAAUUUUGUAGUUAUUUGUUAAUAAUGUUAAUAGCAAAUCGUGAAAUGUAAAAUAAACAUUUAAAUUUGACUUGUGCUCAUGUAACUAUUAAAUAGAUUUCUCUGUCGGUCUGUUGUACCAGUCUGUCAGAUGAAGUUCGUAAUUGAAUAAAAGAUUGUGUCAUUUUGUAGAAAUAAAAAUUUAAUUUUUGAGAAAAUUGCACUGACACGAGUCCCUAAUCCUAUUUCUUAAUUUAAAAUUGUAAUCUUUUAGAUAAAGUGUUGAAUUACAAACUAUCAAGAAACGGUUUAAAAUAGUACUGAUUCAACUGUAUAAUAAAAUUAGAUUCAUUCUGGUCGCGGUAUAGAUUAAUAUUAUGAAGUACUCAUACUAUAAACAGAAAAAAAUUGAUUGUUUGUGUGUUUGUUUAUAGUGUGCAUAAUACAUAGCUUUGAUGUUACUAUACUUUUUCUAUGUAAAUGAUAAAACUUUGCAUAGAAAAUUAACAGUAACUCAACUUAGGGGCCUACGGGGAUGAGAAUUUUUACGAAGGAUAGAGUUUCAGAUAUGCAAUAAACGCGGGUGGGUUAUACAAGUACAUUGCAGUAAAAUUCUGUAUUCUUUUUAACAAAUAUUAAAAUAUGCAACGGAUUGUCUCUAUCGUCUACAUCUUUUAUUUGUCAGAUAAUUAUCAUUUUUAUAAGAAAAAUGGAUAUAAAUAUUGAGUUAUACUGAUUUUUUCUUACAAAAAUGACUAGCAUGUAUCGUUUAUAUAAGAAUCACAAAGAAUUUAACAAUUUUAUCAAUCAAUUUUGUCUUGUACUAUAUAUUAUUAUAAGAAUAUGUAAGAAAUUAAUAUUCCUAGGUACUUAAUGUAAUUAUAAUUUGUACCUAAAUUGUGAAUUAUUUUAAAUAAAAGUCUAGCAGUUUAUUAUACAUAUCAAUCUAUUGUAAUUAAAUAGCUAUCGUAAAUUCAUUAUUGUUAGAUAUUAAUAAAAUAAAUAAUUAAAUA